CGUCUAACGAACAACUGUAAACAGUAGCUACAGAUAUGAUGCAAGAUGAGCAGCAGAGUAUAAAUAAGGGUAGCUUUUUUUUGAGCAGCUGAGUGUAGUCAGUGCCACUGCUCGAUAUACUUCAGUAAUUUUUCCAUAAUGGUAGACUCCGUAUUUCGCACUCGCUCUCUUGGAACAGCAGCGGAAGGAGUAAGGGAUCAGUAUGCUGAUGGCAAGGCGGCAAAGGUAUGGGAAGUCUUCAUUGGUGACCAAAAGUCACGUACCCAAAAUUACAAGGACUUUAUAGUGAGUUUGUUAAGACAAAACGGUUGUCAGCGAAUUCUUGACGUUGCCUGCGGAACUGGAAUAGAUUCAAUCAUGCUUCUGGAAGAGGGAUUUGAAGUUGUUAGCGUUGAUGCAUCGGACAAAAUGUUAAAAUAUGCAUUGAAAGCCAGAUGGGCACGCCGCAAGGAAUCAGCUUUUGAUAAUUGGAUAAUUGAAGAAGCAAACUGGUUAACAGUAGCCGAUGAUAUCAGACACUUAAUUGGAGAAGGGUUUGAUGCUGUUGUCUGUCUAGGAAACAGUUUCGCGCACAUGCCUGACUCGUUUGGAGAUCAAAGGGAACAAAAACAGGCACUUGCAAAUUUUGAGCGUUGUGUAAAAUCGGGUGGAUUGUUAAUAAUUGAUCACAGAAACUAUGAUGACAUAAUUGCAACGGGAUUCACUCCAUCCAAAUGCAUAUAUUAUAAUAGUUCACAUAUGACUGAAAUUAAAACCUCAAUAUUGUUUGUGAGCGGAAAGGCAGCUAUAGUAGCAUUGGAUUACUUGAUUGACUUAGGCGAUGGAGAAAAUUAUAGUGAUCAUAAUUCCGAACGCAUAAGUGAGUUUAGAUUAUCUUAUUACCCUCACAGACUGUCAAUUUUUCGAGAUAUGCUGAAUGAGGCUUUUCACUAUACUGCAAAACAUACCAUCUAUGGUGACUUCAAGCCAUUAGAUCAAAUCAAAAAUCCAGGUUUCUAUAUUCAUGUCCUACAAAAAAGAGACGAAUAGUCAUUAAAUGUGAAUUAGUUCAGACUGAGUUAGAAUUCGGACGAGUUAUUGAAUUGAAGAAUAUAAUCAAUACCAAGAAAUCUUGUUACUGUUACAGAGAAAUUAGAGUUGUAAUAUGAAAUGAAAUAUACGAUUUAUUUUGCAAAUCGUCAAUAAAUUAUUUACCAAUUCAUAACUUCCUAAAUACUUCCAACUCUCCAAAUCCUCCGUAUCUCCAAAAUUUUGUAAACAUAGAGGAGCUGUACUAGGAUUUGUACAAGGAAAACAUGGAUUGAGAAUUAUUAUUAUUUUUUUUUCAUUUUGAGUAUAUUUUCAAUAUACAAGUAUGCGUUUGUCAUUGAAAGGCUUGUGUGGGAAUUCUGUUAAUUGAUCAGAAGACCCCAAUUGUAGAAUAAAAAUGCACUGCAUUUAAAUUUCUUAUACUUUUCAUAAGUUUUUUUUUUUUUCAUUAUUUUAGCAAUAGUUAUUGAUAUUCGUGAUUCCAUGCUUGCUUUAGAUUUAAUGAUAAUUACUAAAAAAUUGACUAAAGACUCUCAAUUGUCAACAAUGUAUAUCAUACGUGUGUGUAAGAUAUCGUAGAUAUAUUUAACGCACGUUGCAUAUUAACAACUUGUUACCAAUGAAAAAUAAGAAACAAGUUCAACUUUAAUUUACAUUCUUUGGUUUGCAUAUAUAUAUACUAUAAUUUUGCGAAAUUAUAAUCUCACAUAUGUGGGUACUUAAUUCUACUUAAGAAAUUAGAUUUUGGAAUUUUUUUUAUAACGUUCGAAUCCUAUGUUCAUGUUCAUUCCGCAUAGAUUAUUGCAUUGUUAGCGUUGACUAACAUUAUUCAAAAUGUUGAA